UGGCCAAGUGUGAGUUCUUCAACGCAGGAGGCAGCAUUAAGGACAGAAUCGCUCUGCGGAUGGUGGAGGACGCUGAGAGAGAAGGGAUCCUCAAACCAGGGGACACAAUCAUUGAGCCCACUUCUGGAAACACGGGAAUCGGCCUUGCUCUCCUAGCAGCUGUGAAAGGCUACCGCUGCAUUAUUGCAAUGCCUGAGAAGAUGAGUAUGGAGAAGGUGGAUGUGCUAAAGGCUCUCGGAGCAGAAAUUGUUCGGACUCCUACAUCUGCAGCGUUUGAUUCAGCGGAGUCUCACAUUCGCACAGCUUGGAGGUUAAGGAGUGAGAUUCCAAACUCGCACAUCCUGGACCAGUACCGUAACGCCAGUAACCCCCUGGCUCACUAUGAUACAACGGCUGAAGAAAUCCUGGAGCAGUGUGAUGGUAAACUGGACAUGCUUGUGGCCGGAGCCGGCACAGGUGGUACGCUCACUGGUAUCGCUCGAAAACUAAAGGAGAAGUGCCCCAAUGUCAAGAUAAUCGGUGUGGAUCCUGAGGGCUCUUCGCUGGUACAGACUGAAGAACAUGAAAGUGCUCAUUUUGAGGUUGAGGGUAUUGGAUAUGACUUUAUACCCACUGUUCUGGAUAGAUCUCUCGUAUACAAGUGGUACAAAUCAAGUGAUAAGGAAACGUUUAACAUGGCACGCAAACUAAUAAGAGAGGAAGGCCUUCUCUGUGGUGGAAGUUCUGGCUCAGCGAUGGCGGCGGCAGUGAAGAUGGCUCAGCAGCUGGAGGAGGGACAGCGCUGCGUGGUCAUCCUGCCAGACUCUGUUCGUAACUACAUGUCUAAGUUCUUGUGCGAUCAGUGGAUGUGUGAGAAAGGUUUCCUGGAGAAUCCAAGUGAGGUCAAACCCUGGUGGUGGGACCUGACCAUCCACAGCUUACACCUGUCCAACCCUCUGAUCAUUGCACCAUUCCUUUCCUGCCAAGAAGUCAUCAAGAUGCUGAGAGAGAAGGGCUUCGAUCAGGCGCCGGUCCUCGAUCAUUCUGGUGAACUCCUUGGGAUGGUGACGCUGGGAACCAUCAUGUCCAGUGUGCAGGAUGGAAAGGCCAAACUGUCAGAUCCUGUCAGCACGAUGCUCUGCAAGGACUUCAGACAGGUGCACCUGACAGACAAACUGGGGAAGUUAUCCUGCAUUCUCAAAACACAAACCUAUGCGCUGGUGGUGAACGAUCACACCAAGUGUGGUUCAGUUCGUCCGAUGCAGAAGGUGUUGGGCGUCAUAACAACCAUUGACCUCCUGAACUUCCUCACCACACAGGAGGACCAUCAACACCCAUAGUCCUAAAGUUUGCUGUCGGCACAGUAAAACUGAAAAUCAAUGAGAAUAGUUCUGCUUUUAAAGGAUUUAUUAAUAACAUCAUAUUUAAAAAAAACUUGCUUUAUUUGAUCCUUCUGUUUUGUCUUUCAACAUUGCAGCUGUAGGUCAGUAUUUUUAAACCAUAGUAAAACCUGAUUAGUUCAGUAUUGUAGUUUGUUGAUCCAUUUGUAGAAAAAAAAAAAAUUAAGAUUUGUUCAUAUUUGAGGUAUGAUCUUUGUAAUGUAGAAAUCUUGACUGGUGACAGAGAUAACUGAUUUAGAGAUGAAGUGUAUUUAUAUUAACUCACAAUAAGCUGUUCUGCCUGAUUCAGUGAGAGACUUGAUUAAAUCAGAUCUUUGAAAAUAUAUGCAUAGUAAUUAGAGUAAAAACAGACACUUUAAAACUUUUUUUUUAUUGUUUACUAACUAAGUUUUUAUAUUGUGAAGUUCCUACGUUUUAGGGCUGUUUUUAUUCUUAUAAACCUAGCUGGAAGCAGAGGGAUUAAUGUCGCCACCUAGUGGGCAAAUUGUGGUAGUUAAGUAAAACGAUGUUUGACUAUAUAGUAAAGUUCAGGCUUUCUUUCCUAAUUUUGCUUCUAUAAACUUUCAUUUGAAUUAAAAAUAGUCAAAUAAUAAAUAUUUUGAUAGAAGUUGUCUUCAUCUCAUUAAUAUCCAAACAUUUAACGUUUCAGUCCCCUGUGACAUUCUUCUUUUAUAUGUUGUCUAUGGACGGUUCUGUAAAAAAAUUAAUUUGCACCUUAGCACAUGUCUUAUUUGGUUGUUUUUUUGUAUUUGGAAAA